CCGGAAGCUCCACGUCAGUCAGUUGGUCAGUGUUCUGCCAGUGCCAGCGUCGACCCCGAGCCAGCGGGCCCCGGGACCCGGCAUCGAGCGAGGGAGUUUGGCAACGUUGACGGAGCCAUGCCUCUUAGACUUGAUAUCAAGAGGAAGCUAACUGCUCGAUCUGAUCGGGUCAAGAGUGUCGAUUUGCAUCCCACAGAGCCAUGGAUGUUGGCUAGUCUUUACAAUGGCAGUGUCUGUGUUUGGAAUCAUGAAACACAGACUCUGGUGAAGACAUUUGAAGUAUGUGAUCUUCCUGUUCGAGCAGCAAAGUUUGUUGCAAGGAAGAAUUGGGUAGUCACAGGAGCAGAUGACAUGCAAAUUAGAGUCUUCAAUUAUAACACUUUGGAGAGAGUUCAUAUGUUUGAAGCACACUCAGACUAUAUUCGUUGUAUUGCUGUCCAUCCAACUCAGCCUUUCAUUCUAACCAGCAGUGAUGACAUGCUCAUUAAACUGUGGGAUUGGGAUAAAAAAUGGUCUUGCUCUCAGGUAUUUGAAGGACAUACUCACUAUGUUAUGCAGAUUGUCAUAAACCCUAAGGACAAUAAUCAGUUUGCCAGUGCCUCUUUGGAUAGAACUAUCAAGGUAUGGCAGCUUGGUUCUUCCUCACCUAACUUUACUUUGGAGGGACAUGAGAAGGGAGUAAACUGCAUUGAUUACUAUAGUGGUGGUGACAAACCAUACCUCAUUUCAGGAGCAGACGACCGCCUUGUUAAAAUAUGGGACUACCAGAAUAAAACAUGUGUGCAAACAUUAGAAGGGCAUGCUCAAAAUGUGUCUUGCGCCAGUUUUCAUCCUGAGCUGCCAAUCAUCAUCACAGGUUCAGAAGAUGGCACAGUUCGUAUUUGGCAUUCAAGCACCUACCGUCUGGAAAGCACAUUAAACUAUGGAAUGGAGAGAGUGUGGUGUGUGGCCAGUCUGAGGGGGUCCAAUAAUGUUGCUUUGGGAUAUGAUGAAGGCAGUAUCAUUGUUAAGCUUGGCCGAGAGGAACCUGCUAUGUCCAUGGAUGCCAAUGGAAAGAUUAUUUGGGCAAAGCACUCUGAAGUCCAACAGGCCAAUCUGAAAGCAAUGGGAGAUGCUGAAAUUAAAGAUGGAGAGAGAUUGCCCCUUGCAGUAAAAGACAUGGGAAGCUGUGAAAUAUAUCCUCAGACUAUUCAGCAUAACCCGAAUGGAAGAUUUGUUGUGGUGUGUGGUGAUGGUGAAUAUAUCAUCUAUACGGCAAUGGCGCUGAGAAACAAGAGCUUUGGUUCGGCCCAGGAGUUUGCCUGGGCUCAUGAUUCUUCAGAGUAUGCAAUAAGAGAAAGCAAUAGUGUGGUAAAGAUAUUUAAGAACUUUAAAGAAAAGAAAUCAUUUAAGCCUGAUUUUGGAGCUGAAGGUAUCUAUGGAGGUUUCUUAUUGGGAGUCAGAUCUGUAAAUGGCUUAGCAUUCUAUGACUGGGAAAACACAGAACUGAUCCGCAGAAUUGAAAUUCAGCCCAAACAUAUCUUUUGGUCUGACUCUGGUGAGCUGGUCUGCAUUGCCACUGAGGAAUCAUUUUUUAUCCUUAAAUAUCUGUCUGAAAAAGUUUUAGCUGCACAGGAAACACAUGAAGGAGUUACGGAAGAUGGCAUUGAAGAUGCCUUUGAGGUCCUUGGUGAGAUUCAGGAGAUUGUCAAAACAGGGCUGUGGGUAGGCGAUUGCUUUAUUUACACAAGUUCUGUAAACCGAUUAAACUAUUACGUUGGAGGAGAAAUAGUCACCAUUGCCCACUUGGACAGGACAAUGUACCUGCUGGGUUAUAUUCCUAAGGACAACAGACUUUAUCUGGGUGAUAAGGAGCUAAACAUUGUUAGUUACUCCUUGUUGGUGUCGGUGUUAGAAUACCAGACAGCUGUAAUGAGGAGAGACUUUAGCAUGGCUGACAAAGUCCUCCCUACCAUUCCAAAAGAACAGAGGACCAGAGUUGCCCACUUCCUGGAAAAACAGGGUUUCAAGCAGCAAGCUCUUGCAGUAUCCACAGAUCCUGAGCAUCGAUUUGAGUUGGCUCUUCAGCUUGGAGAGUUGAAAAUUGCAUACCAGUUGGCAGUAGAAGCAGAGUCAGAACAGAAAUGGAAACAACUUGCUGAACUUGCCAUUAGUAAAUGCCAAUUUGGCUUAGCCCAGGAGUGUCUGCAUCAUGCACAAGAUUAUGGGGGUCUGUUGCUUUUGGCCACUGCAUCAGGAAAUGCUAGUAUGGUGAAUAAACUAGCAGAGGGUGCUGAGAGAGACGGCAAGAACAAUGUGGCAUUUAUGAGCUACUUUCUACAGGGAAAGCUUGAAUCUUGUCUGGAACUCUUGAUUCGAACUGGACGUUUGCCUGAAGCUGCUUUCCUAGCUCGGACAUAUUUACCAAGCCAGGUGUCAAGGGUAGUCAAACUGUGGAGAGAGAAUCUCUCAAAAGUCAAUCAGAAAGCAGCUGAAUCCCUUGCUGAUCCCACGGAGUAUGAAAAUCUUUUCCCUGGGUUGAAAGAAGCUUUUAUUGUUGAAGAGUAUGUGAAGGAGACCCAUACAGCUUUGCGACCUGCCAAAGAAUAUCCGCUUGUCACUCCAAAUGAAGAAAGAAAUGUGAUGGAAGAAGCUAAAGGUUUUCAACCAUCAGGAAUCAUGACCCAGGAAUUUGAUGAGGAGGAACCAACUUCUCCGGCUCCAGUCAUAGUGAAUGCCGUUCCAGCAAGUUCAGAACCAACUCUAAAUACAAAAGAGGAAAAGAGUCUACUCGAAUUAGAUGAUUUGGACAACUUGGAUCUAGAAGAUAUUGACACAACAGAUAUCAAUCUGGAUGAAGAUAUUUUGGAUGACUGAACUUUUUCAUUUCACUGACCAAACAGAUCAUAAAUAUGCAUUAUUUUCACUUUUAAUCUGGACCACAUUGUUUUGGACUAUGAAAAACCAGGUUCAUUUUAUACUUAGAGUCUACUUUGGACCCUUUGGAGCAAAAGUAUGCGACAUUAAAUCAUUAUGUGUUCUUGGUUAAUUUUGUUAACUAGAAUAUGAACCAUGUCUCUUUUCAUAUUGUCAUUAGGCCAUAUAAAAAUCUCUUCAACUAAUGGAAAUGCUUCAAAAAAAAUUUUUAUGUGUAAAAUGAACCGAUAGUUUAAGUUAACACUGUGGUUACAUAGCUUUUUAUAAAAACCACAUGAAAAGUGACAGAGCAGUCGAGUACAUGUGAUGUAGUCUUCCAUAGAUGGACAAAAUUUUUUCUGUUUGGCCUAAUGCAAAAUAUAAAACGUAUUGUUACGAGGCUAUGCCUUCUAUAGUUACUAUGCCAGAAGUACACAUUUACAUUAUCAUUUAGGUAUAGCAUAUCCACUCUUAGUUUCUCUGUGUAGCUAAUUUGAGUUCCAUAUGCAUUUAAAUUGCACUGUCUCCCUACCCCCACUCCUAGUUGAACUGUAUUAAUUAUAUUCCCCUGUGGACCUACUGCCCACAUUUGAAUGUCAAUGAAUCUACAUUCAUUUUGA